UACAACCCAGCAGCAGGAGCAGAGCGCGGCUCUCGCCCGCCGUUCCCGCACUGCGACUCCCCGAGGGCUCGGCGCCCCCUGAGGGCUCGCGCGCCGCCCGCCCCGUGUUUACCUCGAGCCCCCGCCCUCCCCGCCCCUCACGUCACCGGCGUGGCCGUGACGUCAGAAGGGCCGGGGCGGCGCCCGGCUGGGCGGCGGGGGGCGCCCCCAAGAUGGCGGACCAGAUCCCGCUGCGCCCGGUGCCGCGCAGCGCCCAGCGCAGGGCGGCCUAUUACAGCAGCGCCGCCGCGGCGCAGCGGCACAGCAGGUACCAAGCAGAAGAUGAGUCCUCUCAUUUGGAUGAAAUGCCACUUAUGAUGUCAGAAGAAGGCUUUGAAAAUGAUGAGAGUGAUUACCAUACUUUACCAAGAGCCAGAAUUUCUCAGAGAAGAAGAGGCUUAGAAUGGUUUAUCUGUGGCGGCUGGAAGUUCCUUUGCACUAGUUGUUCUGAUUGGCUCAUAAACAUUUGUCGAAGAAAGAAAGACCUGAAGGCUCGCACAGUGUGGCUUGGGUGUCCUGAAAAGUGUGAAGAAAAAUACCCCAAAAAUGCUAUAAAAAAUCAAAAGUACAACAUCUUUACCUUUAUACCUGGGGUUUUAUAUGAACAGUUCAAGUUUUUCUUGAAUCUCUAUUUUCUCAUCGUGUCCUGCUCACAGUUUGUACCAGCACUGAAAAUAGGCUACCUGUACACGUACUGGGCUCCUCUGGGAUUUGUUUUGACGGUCACAGUGGUACGGGAAGCUGUUGAUGAAUUUCGACGUUACAAGAGAGACAAAGAAAUGAACUCACAGUUGUACAGCAAGCUGACAGUACGAGGUAAAGUGCAAGUUAAGAGUUCAGACAUACAAGUUGGAGACCUCAUCAUAGUGGAAAAGAAUCAACGAAUCCCAUCUGACAUGGUGUUUCUGAGAACCUCGGAAAAAACGGGUUCAUGUUUCAUUCGAACUGACCAGCUGGAUGGGGAAACAGACUGGAAACUGAAGGUUGCUGUCAGUUGCACACAAAGAUUGCCAGCUUUGGGGGAUCUCUUUUCAAUCAAUGCUUAUGUUUAUGCUCAGAAGCCACAGCUGGAUAUCCACAGUUUUGAGGGUACUUUCACGCGGGAAGACAGUGAUCCUGCAGUUCAUGAAAGCCUAAGCAUAGAAAAUACGUUAUGGGCAAGCACUGUUGUUGCUUCGGGAACUGUAAUUGGUGUUGUUAUUUACACAGGAAAGGAAACACGAAGUGUAAUGAACACAUCCAAUCCAAAAAAUAAGGUUGGCUUGCUGGACCUGGAGCUGAAUCAACUGACCAAAGCCCUGUUUUUGGCUUUAGUUGCACUUUCAGUUGUUAUGGUCACUUUGCAAGGAUUUGUAGGCCCGUGGUAUCGCAACCUUUUCCGGUUCCUCCUCCUGUUUUCCUAUAUCAUCCCAAUCAGUUUACGUGUCAACUUGGACAUGGGUAAGGCAGCCUAUGGGUGGAUGAUUAUGAAAGAUGACAAUAUUCCUGGAACAGUUGUUCGAACUAGCACCAUACCAGAAGAGUUGGGACGAUUAGUUUAUUUACUAACGGAUAAAACAGGAACACUUACACAGAAUGAGAUGAUAUUUAAGCGCCUCCACCUAGGUACUGUUUCCUAUGGAACAGACACAAUGGAUGAAAUACAGAGUCAUAUUAUAAACUCUUAUUCACAGGUCCACUCUCAGAACAGUGGGAACAGUACAAGCUCCACACCAUCCAGGAAGCCUCAAUCAUCAGCGCCCAAAGUGCGCAAGAGCGUCAGCAGCCGGAUCCACGAGGCGGUGAAGGCCAUCGCGCUCUGCCACAACGUCACCCCCGUGUACGAGUCCCGGGCCGGCGUGUCUGCAGAGACUGAGUAUGCAGAAGUGGAUCAGGACUUCAGCGAUGAAAAUCGAACUUACCAGGCUUCCAGCCCGGAUGAGGUAGCUCUGGUGCAGUGGACAGAGAGUGUGGGUCUCACUCUGGUUAACAGGGAUCUGACCUCAAUGCAGCUGAAGACCCCUGGUGGGCACAUCCUCACAUAUUAUAUCCUGCAGAUCUUCCCCUUCACUUCUGAGAGCAAGCGCAUGGGCAUCAUAGUUAGGGAUGAAUCUUCAGGAGAAAUUACAUUUUACAUGAAGGGUGCAGAUGUUGCCAUGUCCACUAUUGUACAGUACAAUGAUUGGUUAGAAGAAGAGUGUGGUAAUAUGGCACGAGAAGGACUGCGCACACUGGUUGUUGCCAAAAAAUCACUUACUGAAGAACAGUAUCAAGAUUUUGAGAGUCGAUAUAACCAAGCAAAGCUAAGCAUACAUGACAGAAACCUGAAGGUUGCUGCUGUUGUAGAGAGUUUGGAGCGAGAAAUGGAAUUACUGUGUCUCACUGGAGUAGAAGAUCAGCUGCAAGCAGAUGUUAGACCAACUCUAGAGAUGCUAAGGAAUGCUGGAAUAAAGAUAUGGAUGUUGACAGGAGACAAACUGGAGACAGCAACUUGCAUUGCAAAAAGUUCUCACUUAGUGUCUAGAAAUCAAGAUAUUCAUAUUUUCAGACCUGUUGUCACUCGAGGAGAGGCUCACUUAGAACUAAAUGCUUUUAGGAGGAAGCAUGACUGUGCCUUGGUGAUAUCUGGGGACUCACUUGAGGUUUGUCUGAAGUAUUAUGAGCAUGAAUUUGUGGAGCUGGCUUGUCAGUGUCCUGCUGUGGUGUGCUGCCGAUGCUCUCCCACGCAGAAAGCCCACAUUGUGAAACUGUUACAGCACCACACCGGGAAACGCACAUGUGCAAUAGGUGAUGGAGGAAAUGAUGUCAGCAUGAUCCAAGCAGCAGACUGUGGAAUUGGAAUUGAAGGCAAGGAGGGAAAACAAGCUUCUCUAGCAGCUGACUUUUCUAUCACACAGUUUAAACACAUAGGUAGGCUGCUGAUGGUACAUGGCCGAAACAGUUACAAACGAUCAGCAGCACUUGGUCAAUUUGUCAUGCACCGAGGCCUUAUUAUUUCAACUAUGCAGGCUGUAUUUUCAUCAGUCUUCUACUUUGCAUCUGUUCCCUUGUACCAAGGAUUCCUAAUGGUAGGGUAUGCAACCAUAUAUACUAUGUUUCCAGUCUUCUCUCUAGUAUUGGAUCAAGAUGUGAAGCCAGAAAUGGCAUUGCUAUAUCCAGAACUUUAUAAGGAUCUCACAAAGGGGAGAUCUUUGUCAUUUAAGACCUUCCUCAUCUGGGUUUUAAUCAGUAUUUACCAAGGUGGAAUUCUGAUGUACGGAGCCCUGCUGCUUUUUGAAUCCGAGUUUGUUCACGUCGUUGCCAUUUCCUUCACUGCCCUGAUCUUGACUGAGCUCUUGAUGGUUGCACUGACCAUACGAACGUGGCACUGGUUAAUGGUGGUGGCUGAAUUCCUCAGUCUUGGCUGCUAUGUGGCCUCUCUUGCAUUCCUAAAUGAAUACUUUGAUGUUGCCUUUAUCACAACUGUGACCUUCCUGUGGAAAGUGUCAGCAAUCACUGUUGUAAGCUGUCUUCCACUUUACAUUCUCAAGUACUUGAAGCGCAAGUUCUCUCCUCCAAGUUACUCCAAGCUUACCUCGUAAAAGUGAUUAUAUUCCCUAUGGUUUUUCACUCACACCAGUCUGCAGAUUGCAUAUUCACUGUGCUUUAGCGUCUGUGGAUUCAUGUUGGACUAAAGAAACUUUAAAAAAAAUGAAAAUUCAAAAGGGAUAAUGUGAAUAGAGCACAAAAAGAGGAGGAAACAUCUGAGAGAUACAAUAACACAGAAGUACACUAACAGCUAUCAGAGACAAACUAAAUUAUCUUUGUGUUGAUUUUCUUUUUUUCUUUCAGUUGUUAUGAUUAUAAAAUAAAACCAAAUUACCUUUGAUUUGACAAUGAUUCUGAAUGGUUUAAUUGCUACUGUGAAGGAUCUUUUGCUACUAUAAAGGAUUUUUUCCAACUAUGUUUAUCUUCUGCAAGUUAAAUUGAAACUUUUGUUAUUUAUUACAUAAAUUUCCAUCUUUAAUUAUUGUAUGACUUCCUAAUUCAAGCCCUUUCUUUUAAUGUUUAUAUAUGGAAAAGUUUAUUCAUCCAUACUUACUCUAACAAACCUAAUACCUGUAAAUGCCUGUGUCUGUAUUAGCAGCUAUUAUUCCUCAUCAGACAUUGACUAAUAUGCACUAUUUGAAUUAUGUACUGAUGUCUGCAUAGCACAGUAUUAUUUUAGGAGCUGUUGUCCUAUUCUGUACUCUCCAUUUCUGGCACCAGUAAAUUACAGAUGUGUGAUGUUGACACCAGUUCUUUAAAUGCACAUUACAGCCAGGUUGCACAAAAGCUGUUUAAAAAUUAAAUUAUAAAUUCUGUACAUAACUCCACAGCACUUAUUGAUCUGUACAGAUAUCAAAACAUGGCUGCUCAGUAAAUAUGUUUUAAAGUUCUUAUUCAUUUUGUAUUUGUAAAACUGCAAAUAGUGUCAAAGUACAUUUCUAUAUAUGAGAAGUCCAGUAAACCUUGUAUUAGCUACUAUGUCUAAAUUGCCUUGUAAUCUGUUUACUUAGGUUACUCAGGUAAAAGAAAAUAAGAGGAACACAUGAACAUCAUGGUAGGAAAAUCUUUCAUCUUCCAAGUUGUAAAUGUUAUGUUUUUACGACUUAGUUUGGGUACAAACUUGCCAAAAAAAAAAAUCAAAAU